ACAAGUACUGUUACUCUUACAUGUACAUAUAUGCUUUGGCAUAGAAACAGCUCUUAGACUUCAGCUUUGGCACGCUACGCGCUACGCGGGGCAAAGUUUCGUAUGCCAUCUUGACCACCUCCUCAGUCAAUGACCAACGGUGAUGCAGGCGUGUUUGACGCCAGAAUAGCAAACCAAUUCGUCUUCACGGACGAUGUUGCAGUCCAAAUCCAGGCUACCAGAUCGACCCGCUACCUCGUCUUUGCUUCUUGCCGGUGGCUUCUUGCCGAACGUGGCCGAAUGCUGCCGGGAUUCACAACAUCCGUUCCGAUGUGUCAUCUUCUUAACGCGCGGGAUGCUACACUCUCCACAGCGCGAGCACAUGGAGUUCCCUGCGACUUUGACCGUCACUCACCAUGUAUAAAGGCCCUUCAUUGCGCCAUCAUCUUGAGCUCUGUACCUAUUCUGCGACCUAUUGGACACCGAACAACAUCAGAACUAAAUGACGCCUCAGACUUCUUUGCAAAAGCCUAGCCAUGUGAAAGCAAUCUUCUGUUCGAUCCUCUUGGCCCUUGAGCCGUUGCAUAACACUGGCUUCCAGGCUUCAGCGCAGUCCCUAGCUACUACUCAUGGCUCAGUCUCGUGGCUUACACUCAUUAAACCAUACUCCACCACGCAGCCAAGGGGAUGUCCAUUCACCAUCAUCUCAAAGUCAUUCAAGCAAGGAGACGAUCUGGACAGCAUAAUUCCGUCUACCCGUGACAAACAGGGAAACUGUAUGCUCAUCAGCAACCAAGGCAAAAGCGGCGCACCAAGGUAUCCCGGUUGCGACAGCAGCUGGUUCACGACAAGGUUUACGAUAUUUUUCGCAACUCGCGAAGAUGAUGGUGUGUUGUGUCUGCCCGAUCCUGUCCGUCAACCUAUUCCAACGAAGUUCUGGCGACCUGCAAACGACCUUCUUCAGUGCAAAAUGUACUGGGACGACAAGGGACAAUUGAGCUGCGGGUUGUAAACAUGAGCUUUGCUCGAAUUUAAUCAGUAUCCUUAUCAUUCCAUACCUAAGUAGCUAUAUCCUCCAAGUGUACUGUAACAGCUUC